AUGGAACAAACAGUGUGUGUUAUUUGUCAGCAAAAUGUAACUCCCCCUGUUGGGCAACCAGAUUGUUGCAAGCAUAAAUACUGCUUUUCUUGUCUGGAGAAUUGGGUAGGUGUCAAUAGCUCCUGCCCACAAGAUCGAAAAUGGAUAAUGAAAAUUUUAAUUUCUUCUAGGAUUGGGGGUCCCAUCGUUGCGGAGAUGCCAAUUCGUCACAUUUCUCGAAGAUUUCGUGACUACAGAGGUUGGAGCGAAACCUUUGUUUAUGACCCGGAGAGCAUUUAUGGUUAUAUCGCACUCAAUACCCCCUAUUAUCCUUUUUCUUUUUCUUCUAUUUAUGUAUCGAUCUCCGCCUUUUACCCCUACCCAUCAUCAAGACGCCGUCUCCAUUCCACAUAUAUAUCCAGGCCCAUGUUGGAUGAUGAAGCAUGCGAAGGUGAAAUUCAUUUAAACAAUGGGUUUGGAAUGACGGAAUUGUUCUCUACCGAGUCUAUCGGCGGUCUUGAAGAAGUAGGUAUAGUUGACGCAAACAAUACUUUUUACCAUGAAUUAAGUUCCGCGGAUUGGUUUCAUCGUCUUGCAAAUCUUCUCGCUCAUAUUUGGGAAGAAUUGGACAGUAACGCUAGAGCAUAUGGUGAAAUAAUGCCCUGUGGAGCCCAAAACGGUGAAAUCAUUUCCAACUUUUUGUGGUUAUACAUCCGCGAUGUUCAAGUGCUCAAGAAUAUCACAGCUGAGGUGGCCAAAACGCGGGCAGUUUGGUCUCCUUUACAUGAAAAAAAUAUUGGAGGUGCCCUUGAACUAUCAAAGAAUGCCUCACCCCAUCUCCUGAAACGCGUUAAAAGGCAAGUCCAUCUACAAAUAUCUCCAUAUGCAUUCACAAUCAAACCUUCAAAGAUAAUCGGAUUCGAAACCUAA